ACGUGUAACAUUUUGCGCGCCUUCUUCAGUUGGCACGGUCGGCGUUCCCGCCUAAAGUGCCGAGGAUACUGGUGACACGUUUUGCCGUUUUCGCAGUAUUUUUGGCCUUUUGUCCUCCGUUUGCGAUUUGCGCCCUGCUUCACAUAAUAGAUAGCAAUGCUUGUCAUAGGAUCCUGUGAUUUGCCGGUCAGCCACAAACCGAGGGGUCAAAUUCAGCUUAUCAUCGGCCCCAUGUUCUCGGGCAAAACGACGGAGCUGAUGCGGAGACUGAAACGUUACGAGGUUGCAAACCACAAGUGUUUGAUAGUCAAGUACGCGGGCGACACCCGUUAUGACGAAGAGAACAUAAGUACGCACGAUAGGCAAGCCAUGGCUGCUGUUAAAGCUACCACACUGUCACACCUCAGGGCCAUGUCAUCUGACUUCAGGGUCAUUGGAAUUGAUGAGGGACAAUUUUUUCCCGACAUAGUGGAGUUUGCAGAAGACAUGGCAGAUGGUGGAAAGGUUGUAGUCAUCGCAGCCUUGGACGGAACGUAUCAGCGUCAGGGAUUUUCAAGCAUUCUUACGCUUGUCCCACUGUCAGAGAGUGUCAUAAAGCUUUCUGCUGUAUGCAUGUUAUGUUAUGCUGAAGCAGCCUACACAAAACGUCGAGGACAGGAGAAAGAGGUUGAAGUCAUUGGAGGUGCUGACAAGUACAUGGCUGUGUGCCGAGCUUGCUACUCUCAGGACGACGACACACCUCCAAAAGAAUGCUAACAUUCACCAUGCUGCAUGUUUGUCGUGAUAUUUUACCCAGUGACACACGAAUGCUUCAUGACCAUCGCCAAGGAUUUCUGUUUUCUACGAACACCUGUGAUUGUCCCCUGUCCACCUCCUCUGUUAUGAAUCAUCGCACGACUUGUGCUCUGUGGAAUAUGUGUACAUAAGGCAACAAGAGUGGCUAACCCACCUGCAACUUACCCAGCAUUUUCACAUUACUGUUGCGUAGCUGCAUUCAUUUUAUGCACAAGUCCUCUCAUAUAUAUAUAUAUAUAUAUAUCAUUAUUAUACAUCACCUACAUUGUAAUAUCACUUUCCACUGUCUGUGUGCACAAUUGUAUCGUGUCUGGAAAUGCAACAUUAGCAGCAUGUGCUUGCUGCAAUUCUCAGCAGCUUGUCCUCGUGUAUCACGAUAUGAUCUCGUAAUGUGCAUAAUUUAGUCAUUAAAAAAACGACAAUGAAUUGGCAUAAGAAAUGCUUACUUUGGGAAUUCAUUUUACCCACAGAUGAAUUAUCAAAAAUACACCUUUCUGUUAAAGGGGUCCUGAACCCCCCUAGGGCUUGGUAAAAAAAUCCAGUCCAUGGAUAGCCUACACUGCUGUGAACAUCUCGGCCAAAUUUUGCAGUCGUGCUCAGCGCAUGGAGCUAGCAAGCGGAGCACAAAGUCGCCUUUUUCUUAAACACUCUCUCUUCAAUAGAAGCCUUGUUCUCUUUUCAGCCGCUAUAUUUUGCCAUAUAGCAUACAUCUAUUCUCAUACGCGGCUGCUAUUGGCCAGUAGCUGACAUAAUUAAGAAGGGUGUUUGGAUCGGUGCACUUCUUUCCACUGUUACUAUGUAUAUCUAUAGACGAAGUUUAAUAAACAGGCUGAAGUAAGCGAA